UUGUAUACAUUUCCUAAAAUCCAUUUUCAGACAACAAACUUUGAUGGCGCUGUAACGAGCGUUGCUUUUUGCCCAGAAUCGAAGUGGACCAUCAUUGCUGUAACGUUGGCGACAGGAAAACUGAUUGUAUCGAAUUCUUUCCAUGGUGAUCGACAGCUGAUUGCAUCCACGACGAAAUAUCUCGCCGAACUUCGAGAGCAAGUAUCCCAAGAUGAAUCUCUGCAAUGGAAACACGAAAAAGAUGGCUGCAUUUCGGUUGAUCUCGGAUAUGUUGCACGUCAGGUAGUGUGGCAUCACAAAGGAGACUACUUCGCGACGUUUGCUGGCUCGGAGUCACCCAAACUCAUUUACAUACAUCAGCUCUCCAGAUGUAAAUCUCAACGUCCAUUUUCUCGCUUGAAAGGCAUCGUAACAGCUUUAUCGUUUCACCCUCGUCAACCUCUUUUCUUUGUUGCAACGCAACGGCAUGUGCGCAUCUAUGAUUUGGCAAAGUGCCAGCUGAAGAAAAAAAUUAUUACGGGUUCGCAGUGGGUGAGCUGCAUGCUUGUGGACACCUAUGGAGACAAUUUGUUUGUUGGUGGCCACGACAAGACCUUCUCGUGGAUCGACCUGCAGCUUUCCAGUAAGCCAUGGAAAUGUGUGCGCCACCACACUGCAGCUGUACGCGCUGUUGCUCAGCACCGGAGGUAUCCGCUGAUAGCAACUGUAUCGGACGACGCAACAGCAAUCGUAUAUUAUGCCCGAAUUAGCAACGAUCCGUUGAAAGAGAAUGAAUUUGUCCCCGUGCGACGGUUGCGCUCGCACUCACCUCAAAAAAAUGGUCUCGCCAUAUUAGCAGCAAUAUUCCAUCCCACUCAAGCUUGGCUUAUUACGGCCGGCUCCGAUGGUUCCAUUGCACUGUUUACGUGA